AUGGCCCAAGACUCCCAAUACCGCGAACCCAUUGCCAUAAUCGGUUCAUCAUGUCGAUUCCCAGGAUCUUCCUCCUCUCCUUCUAAGCUCUGGGAUCUCCUCCGCAAACCCCACGAUGUUAUCAAGACCUUUGACGCCGAAAGGCUCAACCUCGCAAGGUUCUACCACGAAAGUGGUGACACCCACGGUUCCACAGAUGUAGCCGCCAAGUCAUACCUUCUCGAGGAGGACAGCAGGCUCUUUGACACUAGUUUCUUCGGUAUCUCUCCCAUGGAGGCUGCGGGUAUGGACCCCCAACAGAGGAUUCUUCUUGAAACCGUGUACGAAUCUUUUGAGGCUGCGGGUCUUACACUCGAACAAUUGAGGGGAUCUCUUACUUCCGUUCAUGUUGGAGUCAUGACAUCCGACUGGGCGAAUAUUCAAGCUCGCGACACUGAGACAAUCUCCAAAUACAACGCCACAGGAUCGGCAAACAGUAUCAUGUCAAACCGCAUUUCCUACGUUUUCGACCUCAAGGGCCCUUCCGAAACAAUCGACACAGCAUGUUCAAGCUCUCUUGUCGCUGUUCAUAACGCAGCAUUGGGCCUUCUCAAUGGCGAUUGCGACACAGCCGUCGUAGCUGGAGUCAAUCUCAUCCUUGACCCGGCACCAUACAUCAACGAAUCAAAGUUACACAUGCUCUCUCCUGACUCCAGGUCUAGGAUGUGGGACAAGGCCGCCAACGGGUAUGCCCGUGGUGAAGGCGCUGGUGCUAUCCUUCUCAAGACACUUAGCCAGGCUCUCAAAGACGGCGAUGAUAUUGAGGGUGUCAUUCGUGCUACCGGCGUCAACUCUGAUGGCCAAAGUCCCGGUAUCACUAUGCCAUUUGCCCCCACUCAGACAGCACUUAUUCGCAAGACGUAUGCUCGUGCAGGUCUAGAUCCAAAGAAGGACCGUCCUCAGUACUUUGAGUGUCACGGUACAGGAACACCAGCGGGUGAUCCCGUCGAAGCACGCGCUAUCAGUGAUGCUUUUACUGGAGAUGACAUGACUGUCGAGAACCCUCUAUACGUUGGAUCAAUCAAGACUGUCAUCGGCCAUCUCGAAGGAGGCGCUGGUCUUGCCGGUGUACUCAAGGUCCUCCUCGCUCUCAAGCAUCGGGUUAUUCCUCCAAACCUGCUGUUCAAGGAGCUCAAUCCCUCUGUUGCGCCAUUUUAUGGUCCUCUUCAGAUCCCUAUCACUGCGAUUCCUUGGCCUGAACUUCCCGCUGGUGUCCCUGCCCGCGCGAGUGUCAACAGCUUUGGCUUUGGUGGUACCAAUGCUCAUGUCAUUAUUGAGAGCUAUGAAGACGUUCCCACCGAGCAGUCUCUUCAAGACAACGAGGGUAUCCUCGGACCACUUGUUCUCUCCGCUAAGUCAGGUGGAUCUUUACUUCGAACAGUUGAGACAUACAGAAACCACAUCCAGUCCAACCCUACUCUGGACAUCACCGCCCUCAGUGCAGUCCUGCAGGAGAGACGCUCAACUCAUCGUGUCAGGGCCCAUUUCUCUGGCUCAUCACGUGAAGCUAUUCUUUCUGACAUGCAAGAGUUCAUUUCCAAAUAUGGCAAGGCUACGGGCGACAACAUUGGCCACGUCCCCAAGCUUGUCAAUCCCCGCGAGAGAUCGGGUAUACUUGGCGUCUUCACUGGUCAAGGCGCUCAAUGGCCUGCUAUGGGCCGUGAGCUUAUCCACUCGUCGCCCAUCUUCAGACGCACUAUUGAAGAGUGUGAAGCUGUACUGGUAGAACUUCCUGAGAAGGACCGACCCGAAUGGUCUCUUAUCAAAGAGCUUACUGCCGAUGCUUCCACAUCUCGCGUCGCAGAAGCUGCCAUCUCGCAGCCUCUUUGCACAGCUGUUCAAUUGGCCCUUCUGAACCUUCUCACCGCAUCUGGUGUCAAGUUUGACGCCGUCGUUGGCCAUUCUUCUGGUGAGAUUGGCGCCACAUACGCAGCUGGUAUCAUCACUCUCAAGGGCGCAAUGCAGAUCUCGUACUAUCGUGGUCUCCAUGCAAAACUCGCCUCUGGAACCGAUGGCAAGCGAGGUGGUAUGAUGGCAGCUGGUCUGUCACCAAUGCAAGCUCGAGAGUUUGUCGCAAGACCCGAGUUCAAGGGUCGCAUCGGUAUCGCUGCUUGCAACGCUCCUCGUACUGUUACACUAUCCGGGGAUCUUGAUGCAAUUUCCGAGGCGAAGAAUGUUCUUGAUAAGGACAAUGUCUUUGCGCGUGAACUCAAGGUCGACACGGCGUAUCACUCGCACCAUAUGCUUCCUUGCGCUGAGCCAUACUUGCAGGAUCUUCUAGCCUGUGACAUUGAGGUCAAGCAACCUCAGCAGGGACAAUGCGUGUGGAACUCUAGUGUACGCGGCGACACUCAACUACUACGCGGUGAUCUCAACAGCCUCAAGGGCCAGUACUGGGUGGAUAACAUGGUCCGAACUGUUCUGUUCUCACAAGCCAUCGAAUCGUCGAUUUGGCACGGAGGUCCCUACGAUCUCAUUGUUGAAGUUGGUCCUCAUCCGGCAUUGAAGGGCCCAACUGAACAAGUCAUGAAGGCAUCUUAUGGUUCAGUUCCAGUCUACACUGGAGUCCUCGACCGUAAGAAGACAGCCAUCGAUUCUUUCUCUGCUGCCAUUGGCCUUGCUUGGGCUCAACUUGGACCUGGGUUUGUUGACUUCGCCAACUAUCGCAACGCUUUCUACGAGUCCAACAUGGCCCCUCCUGUCAGAAUGAUCAAGGACCUUCCUACUUAUUCCUGGGAUCAUGACAAGGUCUACUGGCGUGAGGGUCGUAUGUCUCGUCGCUUCCGUUUAGGCAAAGACACAAGCCAUGAACUCUUAGGUCGUCGAACUCUAGAUGACAAUGAGUUUGAACUGCGCUGGCGUAAUGUUCUUAAGCUCAGUGAGAUGCCCUGGCUACGCGGACAUACCGUUCUCGAGGAGGUUCUACUUCCUGGCGCUUCGUACGUUUCCAUCGCGGUCGAAGCGGGCAGACAUCUAGCUGCCGAUGCGGACAAGGCUUUGGGGGUUGUUGAAGUUGAGAACAUUGAGAUUCUGAGACCUGUUGUGGUACCUGACAACAACACAGGUGUUGAGACACUGUUUACUGCUCGACUUGUUGAGAAGAGCAAGGAUGUCAUCAAGUCUCGUUUCUCUUACUAUGUCUGUCCCGAUGAGACUGUUGGAUCGAUGCUGCAGACUUGUAUGGGUGACCUCGUUAUUCAUGUCAAGUCUGACUCCAUCGACGAUGGCUAUGCUCUCCCGCCAAGGGACCAAACUCCCCCCAACCUUGCCAACAUCAGCACCGAGCAAGUCUACUCUCUGUUCAAUGGCAUUGGUCUCAGCUACACCGGUGCUUUCAAGAGCAUCACUGACAUCAAUCGUUGUCUCAACUACGCCAGUACCACGAGCACUUGGGAGGCUGACACCCUCGGCGACAAGUAUAUGCUCCACCCAGCCGUUCUUGACGUCGCUUUCCAAACCCUUUUUGUCGCCAAGGCUCAUCCUGCCAGUCGACAGAUCACUUCCGCCCUUCUUCCCUCGCACAUCGACCGUGUCCGUGUUGAUCCAUCGGUUCAGAUUGUCAGGCCUGACGUGUCCAAGGCCGAGAUUGAGACAUGGGCUAUUUCGCAGACUGCUACUUCUCUUCGUGGCGACCUCAACAUCUACGACUCCUCAUCAGGUGCGACAUUCCUACAAGUCGAGGGCUUAGCUGUUAACAUGGUCGGGGCUGCUGAAGGGGCGAGCGAUCGGUCCAUGUUCUCCAAGACUAUUUGGGGUAACGACGCGUCACUCGGCCUUCUUGAUCCCAAGCGCAAUGAGGCUCAGGAUGCAAAGGGCAUGAAGAUGGCAGAUGCUGUUGAACGCGUGGCCAUGUUCUAUGUCAAACGCAUCGUCGACCAAAUUCCACCCUCUGAGCGCGGAGAGUUUAUCUGGUAUCACCAGCGCAUGUUUGAGGCAUUCGAGGAACACAUUCGCGUUGUUGCAGCUGGUGAACAUCCCAUCAUACAAGCCGACUGGCUCAACGAUGAUGCUUCUAUCCUGGAAGCUAUCAACGCCGAAUACUCAGAGGAGAUUGAUAUCAAGCUUCUCCACGCCGUUGGAGGUCAUCUUGCUGAAGUUGUCCGUGGCAAUGAGCAACUCUUGGAAGUUAUGACCAAGGAUGACAUGCUCAAUCGCUUCUAUAUGGAAGGUUACGCCAGUAUACCGACCAACAGAUUUGUCGGUGACAUCAUGAAGCAACUUACCUUCAAGUUCCCGCGCGCCAAGGUUCUUGAAAUUGGUGCUGGAACUGGUGGUACCUCUUGGAGUAUCCUCAACGCAAUUGACGAUGCGUACGACUCUUACACAUACACUGAUAUCUCAUCCGGAUUCUUCCCCAACGCUGCAGAGAAGUUCUCUUCUUUCUCGCACAAGAUGGUCUUCAAGGUUCUCAAUGUGGAAGAUGAGCCUUCGGAUCAGGGUUUCGAGGAGGGCUCUUACGAUAUUAUCGUCGCUGCGUUGGUUCUACAUGCGACGCAUGAUUUGAAGCGAACACUGCAUAACACUCGGAAAUUAUUGAAACCAGGUGGCUAUCUCGUUCUUUUGGAACUCACUGGCAUCACCAGCGUUCGUGCCACAUUCAUCAUGGGAGGUCUUGAGGGAUGGUGGCUCGGUGGCGAUGACGGUCGAAGACUGACUCCGCUCGUCACAGCCAUGGAAUGGGACAAUCUCCUGCAGGGUUCUGGGUUUUCAGGCGCUGACACAAUUGUCUACGAUCUUCCAGAUGAGGCGAAGCAUUGUACUUCUGUCAUUGUCAGCCAAGCAAUUGACGAUGACUUCUUGCGUCUCCGAGAACCUUUGUCCUACAAGUCUGACUUCCCAUCUCUUACCGAUCCCCUCAUCAUCAUCGGUGGUAAGAAGCUCUGGACAAGCAAGGUCAUUUCUGAAGUUCAGAAACUACUUCCUCGCUCUUGGAAGCGCCAGAUCAAGCUGGUCGAGAGCAUUGACAAGAUCGAUGCAAGCAAUUUGCCGUCGCGUAUGGAUAUCAUCCUCCUACAAGACGCAGAUGAGUCUGUCUUUGCGACUACUAUUACCCAACCUCAGCUCAGCAACCUUCAAACAAUUCUUAUGAGAUCUAAGAAUAUGCUAUGGGUAACAACAUCAGGCAAAUCUCAUGCUCCUCGCGCAAGUCUCAUCCAGGGCAUCACGCGUGUUAUCCCUGCUGAGCUUCCCCAUCUCAACGCCCAGCUCCUUGGCAUACCGUCAGAGCAGACCCCAGUUCCUGCUGCCAGUCACACGGUUGAGGCUUUCCUGCGGCUGAUUCAGGGUGAGGAUGUCGCAAGGGAUGGGAAGAUUCUUUGGGCACAAGAAUCCGAGCUCGAGAUCUCUACUGAUGGUAAGACUGUCAUUCCGCGAGUCAUUCCUGAUCAGACACUCAACGAGACAUACAAUGGCUCGAAGCGGGUAAUCAGCAAGAAGGUUGAUGCGACUCAGUUGGCUGUUUACACUGAAGUCGUUGACGGUAAAGUAGCUUUACUUUUCAUUGACAACCAGGAUGCAGUUGACGGUGUCCGGGUCGAUGUCCAUUUGACUCUGCAUCUUCCCGGUUUCGAUGAUGAGAGUAUCUACAUUGUCUUUGGCAAGACUGACUCGUCUUGGGUGGUCGGUCUGUCACACACGAACGGCUCUGUUCUCUAUCUCAAUUCGGAGAUUCUUGUUGCUGUUAAUGAAGACAUCACACCUACCCAACUUGCUUCUGUCGCGUUCACCAUCCUUGGGCGGUCAAUUGCUAUUAUCUCUCCCACUGAGUCAUCUGUACUCUUCUAUGAUGCAGAUGAAGCCUUCGCCCGUAUCAUCGCUGCCGAGUUUGUAACGAGACAUCUUCAAGCCCAGUUUGCUACAUCCAGAGCCGAGGCACCCACAGACUGGAUCAAGAUUCAUCCUCUGGCUUCGCACCGCGCCAUACAGCGAGCCAUUCCACAUAACGCCGCUAUCUUCAUCGAUUGUUCGGAUGGUACCACGUCUCUUACUUCCACAUUUGCAUCUUCAAUCCCAGCGAGCUGCCGAAUGUAUCGUCUUGGAUCUGGCCUUCUCUCUGCUGCUCUCGAGACGUCCAAGAUGACCACAGCGACCUUCCUCGGUCAGUGUAUCGAUGCAGCUUUUACUCAACAAGUCGCCGAGCCCGAAGUCAUCCCAGCUUCGGCCCUCGCAGGAUCCAGUUCCAGUAUCUUCGGUGCCAAAACUUUCAUCACAGAUUGGACCAACAAGACCGCUCUACCAAUAACUGUCAAACCUCUCCAGCCACAGGUACUCUUCAAGCCCGACAGGACGUAUCUCAUGGCGGGUAUGGCUGGUGGUCUGGGUCUCUCAAUCUGCGAAUGGGCUCUUAGGAACGGUGCCAAGCACAUGGUCAUCACCAGCCGUAACCCUCAACUCCCCGAAGCCACCCUCCAGGAGGCUCAACGACUGGGAGCUACGGUCAAGGUCAUGCCCAUGGAUCUCACCGACAAGGAAUCUGUCCAAGCUUCUGUCACUGAGAUUGAGGAGCAUAUGCCAAAGAUCGCCGGUGUUUGCAACGCAGCCAUGGUUCUCAAAGACGGUUUCUUUAUCGACAUGGACGCUGACCAGCUUAACAACACACUCGCAGCCAAGGUUCUAGGAUCAGAGCAUCUCGACAGCAUCUUCCACGACACCAAGCUUGACUUCUUCAUCUGUCUUGGCUCCGUGGCUUCAGUCAUUGGCAAUGUCGGACAGUCAAACUACCACGCAGCAAACCUCUUCAUGGAUAGCCUCAUCAACAAACGACGCACUCGGGGACUUGCAGCUUCCAUCAUUCACAUUGCUUAUGUUACUGAUGUUGGAUAUGUCACACGAGAGGAGCGUGAUCGUCAGCUUGACUCUCACUUCCGCAAGGUUCGUCUCAUGCCUACUUCCGAGACGGACGUCCAUCAUGCUUUCAUGGAAGCUAUCCGCGGCGGUAAGCCAGAUAGUGUUAUCGGUAGUCACGAUAUCAUCAUGGGUAUUGAGCCUUUGACGGAACCUGUUCCUCUGGAUCAACAACCACUCUGGAUGAAGGACCCACGUUUCGGAUACUUUGCACCUCCCUCGUCCGUUCAUUCCCAACAGGAGAAUGGUGUCGUUGGCUCUGCUGGCAAUGUCCGGCAAUGCGUUGAGGAGGCUGACAGUGAUGAACAAGCUGUCGCGGCUGUCAUUCAUGCCUUCUGUGGCAAGCUGGAGACUAUGCUACAGCUUGCUUCUGGUAGUGUCAAUGUCUCGCGUCCUAUCAUUGACCUUGGCAUUGAUUCGCUUGUCGCUGUGGAAAUCCGAACCUGGUUCCUCAAAGAGCUUGGUGCCGAUAUCCCAGUCGUCAAGAUUCUUGGUGGUGAUACAGUUGAACAAGUCUCUACGCUGGCCACCAAGAAGUUGAUGGCUAAAAUCUUGGAGACCAAGGCCUCUCAGCCGCAGGAUGUCAAGUCAAAGCCAGAGAUCGAAAAAGCUGCUCCUACUCCUGCUCAUAUGCCUGUUUUGCAAACUCCUCUGGAGUCCUCGGCUACUCCAUCUACAUCUUCACAGUCUGUUACAUCGUCGCGCGCUUCGCGAGAUCCCUCACCCUCUGCAACAUCUCGUUCCGAUACAUCCAUCACGAAACAAGACCUCAAGUCCAGCACCAUUCUCACCGACGAGUCUUCCAGUGACUCUGGUUCUCUUAACUUCAUUCGUGAGCACCACAUGUCUCACGCGCAAUCUCGCAUGUGGUUCAUCACUCAACACAGCGAUGACCCAUCGGCAUACAACAUGGUCUUCCGCUACCAAGUCAAGGGUCAAGUGUCCAUCACUCGUCUUCGCCACGCUGUUUCCACCACAGCUCAUCACCACGAAGCUCUACGUACUUGCUUUUUCACGCGUGUCGGCGAUGGACAGCCUAUGCAGGGUAUUUUGGCUUCUCCUCGUGUCGAACUCAAGCAUGUCGCUAUCGAGCAGGAAGAAGAUGUUGACGCCGAGAUGAAGCGCCUCUCUAGUCGCUCGUGGGAUCUUGAACAGGGAGACACAUUUGAGCUUGUUCUGAUGAGUCGAGAUUCGGAGAACCAUGAGCUCUUCAUUGCUUACCAUCACAUUCUCAUGGAUGUUGUCGGCCUCGGCAUCAUCAUUCGAGACCUCAAUGUGUCUUAUCAGAUGAAGCUUCUCGAUCGCAACGCUGCUUCUUAUCUGGAUUACGCCUCUGCUAAGCUCAGCAGUGACGAGCUUGAACAGCGAGUGUCAUUCUGGAAGUCCGAGUUUACAACCUUCCCUGACCCUCUUCCACUUCUUCCUAUGGCCAAUGUUACAACCCGUCCCGAUAACACGAUUAAUGCCUGCCAUCAUCAAUACCGCGAACUCACAUCUGAGCAGUUCCAGGCAUUAGCUUUAACGUGCCAACGUCUCCGCAUCAGCCAGUUCCACUUCCACCUCGCUCUUCUUCAAGUCCUACUCGCUAGAUACACUGGAACUGAGGACGUUUGUAUUGGUAUCGUUGAUGCCAAUCGCUCCGAUCCCAAGUUCGCCGAGACGGUCGGAUACUUUGUCAACAUGCUCCCCAUUCGUUCUAGCAUCAGUCAAGACGCCAACUUCUCUGAAAUUGCUCGAGGGGUUUCCCAAAAGACGCUAUCAAUCCUCAGCGAGUCGGCGCUACCGUUCGAUACUCUUCUCAACGAGCUUCAGGUGCCCAGAUCAGCUAGCAGCAUGCCUCUAUUUCAAGCUGCACUCAAUUACCGUAUGGGAUCCAUUUGGGAGAUGCCGUUUGGCGAUGCUGAGAUGAAGCUGUCUGGUGUCAAGGAUGCUGAUAACCCGUAUGAUCUGAGUCUUGGUAUCGCGGAGACACCCACAGGCUGCGUCGUCGAGCUUUAUGCCUUGGCUUCUCUGUAUGGCGAGCACGCUUGUGCUACAAUUCUUGAGUCAUACAUCCGUCUCCUCGACGCAUUCUCUCAGUCCCCCGAUCGCACUAUCGAUGGUGUGAAUGUGCAUGAGCAGACUCAGCGUUUCCAGGACAUCGUUCAGCUGUAUCCUGAUCAAUUGGCCAUGAAGGACUCUACCAUGGAGGUAAAAUACUCUGAGCUCAACAACCGUGUUCAGAAUGUUGCCAAUGCUCUUCUUCACGGCGGCUAUACUGAGGGCUCUUGUGUUGCUGUUCUAUGCGAACCCUCUCUUGACUUUGUUGUUUCCAUGCUGGCUAUUCUUCACGUUGGUGGCAUCUACAUGCCAUUGGAUGUCAGUCUGCCAAUAUCAAGACAUCUUUCCAUGAUUGAAGUAGCCCAGCCAGCUCUAAUCAUCUAUCACUCAGCUACGGAGGGUCGUGCCAAUAUUCUACGCUCUGUGGGUAAUACUCAGUUCCGGGAAAUUCUUCUCGACAACCUCGAUCGCGACUCGCCUAUCCACGUCGCUUGCACUGCUGAAGCAGAUGCGCCCGCUGUUCUCCUGUUCACUAGCGGCUCAACCGGUAAGCCGAAGGGUAUCACUCUUUCGCAAGCCAACUUCAUCAACCAUCUCGCCCUCAAGAGUGACCUCCUUCGCCUCAAACGAGAGACAGUUCUUCAGCAAAGCUCUCUUGGCUUCGACAUGUCUCUCAUCCAGGUUUUCUGCGCUCUCGCCAACGGUGGUCGUCUCGUCAUUGCGCCCUCAGAUCUCCGACGAGAUCCCGUCGCACUAUCCAACCUUCUCAGCGAAGAGCAAGUGACACUGACCAUUGCCACGCCAUCCGAGUAUCUAGCUUGGUUCCGAUAUGGGUACUCAUCUCUUCUUGAGAACCAAGGAUGGAAGCAUGCUUGCAUGGGUGGUGAGCAGGUCACGCGUCAGUUGAAGAAUGAGUUUGCUCGUCUUGGUCACGUAGGAUUGGAACUCACCAACUGCUAUGGACCGACCGAGAUUACUGCUGCUGCAACUUUCCAGACCAUUCAUUUGAGCGACAGCAGCGACACCGAUGAUCUUGCUGUCGGCAAAGCUCUUCCAAACUACUCUGUCCGUAUUCUCGACUCAUUUGGUCAGCCUCAGCCUAUUGGUCACAUUGGUGAGAUCUGCAUCGGUGGUGCUGGUGUCACUCUCGGAUACCUUGACCUUCCCGCUGAAACAAGUCGCAAGUUUGUGACUGACUCUGACGGACGGCGGUUUUAUCGAACUGGCGAUCAAGGUCGUCUCUUACCUGACGGUACUCUUCUUUAUCUUGGUCGUCUGGAGGGUGAUACACAGAUCAAGCUUCGUGGUCUACGUAUUGAGCUAGAGGAGGUCGAGGCAACUCUAGUCAAAGCAUCAGAUGGACUCUUUUCAGGUGCCAUCGUUUCUCUUUGUAGAGACAUCCUCGUUGCUCAUGUCACUCUUGUGGCAGACAAUGAGUCAAUUGACCAAGAGAGAGUGACACAUAUCCUGUCCAGCGUCAAGCUCCCCCAAUACUCAAUUCCCGCUUCAAUUACGGUGCUACCCAGCUUUCCUACCACUCCCAAUGGCAAGAUCGAUCGAAAGGCCAUUGCUACUACCCCGGUUUCUGAGUCUUCCUCUGACAAUUCCACGGAGAAAAUGACUGUUCGGGAGGGAGAACUCCGUCUUCUCUGGGAACGUGUUCUUGCUGGCUCUACUCGCAUUGCACCAUCCUCCGACUUCUUCCUUCUUGGUGGUAACUCACUAUUACUUAUGAAGCUUCAGGCCGCCAUUCGAGAGAGUAUGGUGGUGCCCGUCUCAACUCGUGUGUUGUACCAAGCAAGCACACUUCGUGGUAUGGCUCAGGCUAUCGAGAAGCUUCGUCAAGAGAAGGCUACAGAAGACAUUGAGAGUGAGAUUGACUGGGAUGCUGAGACUGCCAUUCCUCAAUGGCUCGUUAGACAGCUUGAUGAAUCAACCUCUUCGCAAAAGAGUCGAGCACCCAAACCGAAGGGCAUUGAAAUCAUGAUGACCGGCGCCACUGGCUUCCUUGGUGGACAUCUCCUCCAAUCGCUCCUCGCUUCUGAUUCUGUCAGUAAGGUUCACUGUAUUGCUAUCCCAGCCGAUGAUGAGACUUCUCUACCACAUAACGACAAGGUCCAACACUACACUGGGAGCCUUCUAUCCCCAACUCUAGGCUUGACCUCUGACCAAUGUGAAGAGCUUGUCAACAGUGUUGAUGUCAUCAUCCACGCCGGCUCCAAUGGCCAUUGCCUCAACACCUACGACUCUCUUCGUACUCCCAACGUCAAGUCUACCCACUACCUAGCUUCCAUGGCCGCCACUCAUCGCGUUCCCCUUCUUUUCCUUUCGUCUAGCCGUGCGGUUCUCCUUUCUGGGAACAAAGCACCACCUCCUUCCUCUGUCUCCGAGUUCCAUCCCUCAACAGAUGGUCUUGAAGGUCACAUGAUGACACGAUGGGCCAGUGAAGUCUUUUUGGAGAAGCUGGCCCAGCGUGUUCAGGCUACCGGCUCACAUUGGUCGGUGUCUAUUCAUCGUCCUGCCGUUGUUGUCAGUGACCAGGCUCCCAACUCAGAUGCUCUCAACGCCAUCCUGCGAUUCUCCAUCUCGAUGCGCUGUGUACCUCGUCUUGAUAGAGUUGAGGGCUACAUGGAUCUCGCACCACUUGACAAGGUCGUUUCUGAGAUGUCGGAUUCAGUAAUUAAACUUGCACAAGGCCAAUCUGAAGAGGCCGCUUCGGUUCAAUUCAAGCAUCAUUCCAGUGGUGUGAAGGUGCCUGCUAGCAAGCUGCGAGAGCAUCUCGAGGGUUCUUAUGGUAUUCAGUUCGAGGAGCUCGAGUUGAGGCAGUGGAUGGAUCUUGCAGCUGAAGCUGGCAUGGAUCCGCUCAUCACAGCUUAUAUGGAGGGCAUCCUUGAGAAUGAUGCCCCCAUGGUAUUUCCUUACAUGGGCGAAGUAAGCCGGUAA